AUGGCUGACGGUUUGAGCCUUGUAGCAAACAUCAUUGCCGUCGUUCAACUAGUGGGAGGGGUAGGGAGAUAUAUUAAUGAGGUCAAAGGGGCCUCAAAAAGUCUCAAGGAUUUCGAAAGAGAGAUCGAGUCCUUGAGGUCUAUUCUUUUAAAACUGCGAACGUUUGCGGAGGAGAAUCCCGUAAUAGCAGACUCUUGGAGUUUAACUGCACCACUGGAUAAAUGCGCAGCCGAUAUGACCAGGAUCAAUCUUGAGCUCGCGUUGGUACCUAAGAAAAAAAUAUGGGGCAUACAGCUUUUCUGGUGUCAGUGGCCUUUCAAAGAAAAGGAAACUUUGGGAUUUAUUGAGCGGAGCGAAAGAUUGAAAUCUAUCUUCAUUCUUGCUAUGGGUGAAUUACAACAGUCUCAACUAAGAAAUAUUGAAAACAACGUACAGCAUCUUGUGCAAGCAGCCCAGGGUUCAUAUGAGUCUACGAAUAUCGAAGACCAGAGCAUCCAACAUGACAAACCGAAUAGGGAAGUAGUAAUCAAUUGGCUUCCAAAACUGGGAGAAUGGGAAAUCGAAAUCUCGACUACUUUGGGGUUACGGUAUACCUGGAGCGGGAAAGACCUUUUUGAGCUCACUCGUGAUCGACCAUCUUAA